UGUUUAGAGAUAUCCUUCAAAUCUUUCCUCAAAGACAUAACAGGAGUAGCCACCGGCAGCUCAAAAUUACAUGGCUUUUGCAUCAGCUACAUCUCAAAAUUUGAUUCUGAUGGCAAUUCAGCUUAUAGUUUUCAUUCUCCUUUUUGGAAGUUCAUUGAGGUUAGAACCCGUCAUGGGUAGAAGGAUCCUAGGGAACAUGACAGAUCGAAUUGCUUUGCUCGAGUUGAAGAAACAAAUUGAUGAUCCGAACGGAGCAUUACGUUCUUGGAAUGAUUCCAUCCAUUUCUGCAGCUGGGUAGGGGUCACAUGUGGCCGCCGUCAUCAACGGGUUACUGACUUAUAUUUGGCAAGUUAUGGCUUGGGAGGGAUCAUAUCUCCUUCCAUAGGGAAUCUAACUUUUCUGCAUUCCCUCCUCAUUAGAAAUAGUAGCAUCCAUGGUGAAAUCCCCCAAGAAAUCAGUAAGUUGUUUCGGCUACGGUCCAUUGCUUUUGAAUUCAACACUCUCCAAGGAGAUGUUCCUACCGGCUUGGCCAACUGCACUCGUUUAAGAGAAAUCUAUUUCUCCGAUAACAAUCUUGUUGGGAAGAUUCCGGCUGCACUUACGUCUUUGCCAAAGCUGGAGGUAAUUUCUAUUAAUGAUAAUGGCUUAACAGGGGAAAUAUCAGCUUCAUUUGGGAACAUUUCCUCCCUCCAAGCUAUUUCUUUGUGUGGAAAUGGACUUCACGGGAAGAUUCCAGAAUCCCUUGGUCAGCUAACAAACUUAUACUAUCUAUCACUUUGUGAUAACAACCUAUCUAGUCUGUUCCCUUUUUCAGUACAACAGAAUCUCUCAUCUCUUGAAAUGAUUUCUUUUGCUCAAAACCAACUGGAUGGGAGCCUUCCACGAGAUAUAGGCCUUACUCUUCCAAAUCUCCAAGUACUAGAAAUUGGAACAAACCUUUUCUCAGGGAGCAUUCCGAAUUCCAUCUCCAAUAUUUCGACACUCGAAAUAAUUGGUCUCGAAGGAAAUAGUUUUGUUGAACCAGUCCCUAACAACUUGGGAAAUCUUCAAUUUCUCCAAGAAUUCAAUAUUGGUGGAAAUCAAUAUGGAAAAGGUGAAGCUAAUGAUUUAGAUUUUAUUACUUCUUUAGUCAAUUGUACACAUCUAACGCGUUUGGACCUACUACUCAACCAUUUUGUGGGUCCCAUUCCCAACAUUAUGGUCAAUCUCUCAACACAACUCUCAAUACUUAGAUUAGGGGAGAAUCAAAUAUCUGGAACCAUUCCUACUGGGAUUGCGAAUCUCAUCAACUUGACCUUAUUAGGGAUGGAGAAGAACUUUCUUGAAGGUGAAAUUCCGUCUGGUAUAGGGAAACUUCAAAAGCUUCAAAGAUUGUUCUUGGGUGGAAAUAGACUUUCAGGACAUAUACCAUCCUCUAUAUGCAAUCUCAGUUUUUUGUAUGAACUCCAUUUAGAAUUCAACAACUUGAGUGCAAGCAUUCCCUCCACCAUUGGAACUUGUCAACAUUUGCAGGACGUAACCCUUCAUAACAAUAGCCUCCAAGGCCUAAUACCUAAACAACUCUUUCGUAUUUCCUCAUUUUCAAUACAACUCGACUUAUCUUAUAAUUCUUUGGUCGGUUCUCAACCAAUCGAAAUUGGUAACUUGAAGAGUCUUUCUACAUUAGAUAUUUCCAAAAACAAACUGUCUAAAGAAAUCCCUUCCUCCAUUGGUGGUUGCAGUAGUUUGGAACAUCUUUAUAUGGGAGGUAACUUCUUUGAAGGAACCAUUCCUCAAUCUUUGACUCUUUUGAAGGGGCUUCAAGAUUUAGAUCUCUCACACAACAAAUUAUCACGGCAAAUCCCGAAAGGUCUAGAGAAACUUGCAGCAUUGCGGAGUUUGAAUUUAUCUUUCAAUAAUCUUGAGGGAGAGGUACCAACAAAAGGAAUCUUUGCAAAUGCAAGUGAAAUUUUAGUGAUUGGAAAUGACAAACUUUGUGGGGGAGUUGCAGAAUUACGAUUGCCUGCAUGCACAAACUAUGGAUCUAGAAAACGAGAAAAAUCCCAUACUUUCAAAGUAGUGUUGGCAAUAAUCAGUGUGGUUUUUGGUUGUCUUUUGGUAUCAUGCUUUCUUACUCUUUAUUGGAGAAGAAAACCAAAAAAUAAACCUACUUCCACACCAUUAAUUGGUGGUCAAUUCUCAAAGAUUUCAUACAAAGAGCUUUUCCAAGCUACUGGAGGAUUUUCUUCAGAUAAUUUCAUAGGAUCCGGUAGUUUUGGCUCCGUUUAUAAGGGAAUCAUCAAUGAGGAUGAAACAAUUGUGGCAAUCAAGGUACUCAACCUUCAAAAUCCAAGAGCCUACAAAAGCUUUAUGGCUGAAUGCGAAGCAUUAAAAAACAUUCGGCAUCGAAAUCUUGUCAAGAUUUUAACUUCUUGUUCAAGUCUUGAUUCAUCAGGCAAAGACUUCAAAGCCCUUGUUUAUGAGUUCAUGCCCAAUGGGAGUCUACAUGAUUGGUUGCAUCUGCCGAUGGAGACACACAAUCAUUCAAGGAAUUUAAGUCUUCUUCAAAGAUUAAACAUCGCAAUCGAUGUGGCUUUUGCAUUGGAAUACCUUCAUUACCGUUGUCAUGCACCAAUUGCUCAUUGUGACUUGAAGCCAAGCAAUAUUCUACUUGACAGUGAUAUGAUUGCACAUGUCAGUGAUUUUGGUUUGACAAGACUACUUCUGGAACCUGAAAACAGCUCAUCACAUAAUCAAAGUAGUACCACUGGGAUAAAAGGAUCCAUUGGCUAUGCCGCUCCAGAAUAUGGCAUGGGUGGAAAGACAAUUAUACAAGGGGACGUGUUUAGCUAUGGGAUCCUUUUAUUGGAGAUGUUCACAGGAAAAAGACCAACAGAUCAGAUGUUUAUAGAUGACUUAAAUCUCCACAACUUUGCAAAGGCAGCUUUACAUGUACAAGUGAUGCAAAUAAUAGAUCCAACACUCCUAUCGGUGGAAGAACAUGGUGAAGAAAUUGAAGAGAAAGCUAUCACCAAACUUGAAGGUCGUAGUCAUAGGACAAAUAAAUUGCAAGAUUGCAUAACAUCAGUAAUUGAAAUUGCACUCCAAUGCUCCAUGGAAUCGCCGAGAGAACAUAUGAACAUGAAUGAUGUUGUGAGGGAAUUACAUUUAAUCAAGGAAAAUUUUCAAAGCAACAACGCCUGAUUAGAAGAUUCAAGAUCAGCAUGGGCGACGCUUCAAUAAUGAUUGCAGCAAGCCGAAGCAUGACGGUUGAUGAACUGGUGGGGUCUGAUACAAAGGAAACAAUGAGCAAUUGUCUGAUGGAAGACCUUUAUGCAGACAGAGACCAAUUGUUUUUAUCAUCUUUUCAGUUUCUUUCUAGUAUGUAGCUCACUUGUUGCCUAACAUUUGUCACAAGGAUAAAUAUCUCAGAUUUCGUGUGCUCUGAAACCUUACUACAACCAGCUGAGGCCCCUUGCUUCCUGUGUUCUACACCUUCAUAGAUAAAACAUUUGCACUUAUUUAUUUGAAGGUCCCUCUUCCCAUGCA